AUGGCCAAGGAGCGGCCGCUCUGGCGGCGCCUGGCCUUUCGCCUCUGCUUGCUCUCGGCCGCGCUCGUUCUCUGCCUGCAGCUGGGCGUGAGGCGAACCUGGUGCCCGGAGGAGAAGCCACCGGUGGCAGAGGCAGCGGCGGAGCGGCAGGCUCCGGUGUCCCGCGGCACAGAACUGCAACCGGCGGCGGGCAAGCGGCGAGUCACCUACGUACGGAACGGGCGGCGGGGCAGCGCCGCGCCCCGCUGCUGCCCCCCGCAGCUCCCCGACGGCCGCCGCAGGAAGACUGUGAGGUGGCACAUUGAACUACAGCCAUGGGCAAGCCCAACUCCUUCCCUCGACUAUGAGGCCUCGAGGUUCCUGAAGUACAUUAGCACUUCUCAGAUUUCCUGUGAGCACAUGAGCCUGAAGAGCCUGGGAGGGUACUCUGAGACCACAAAAAAGCCCUGGUCGGUCUGUCUUGACGAGAGGUUCAGCCUCAUCCAUCGGAUCAGAAGCAAGCAAUGUCGUCUCUACUCCCUUGGGCUAGGCAAUGAUGACAACCAGUUUGAGAUCAACCUGGCCAACAGUGGCUGUGAGGUGCACCGUUUUGACCCCAGCAUCAAGUCAGCACACAUUCAGGAGGGUCAGCACCUCUGGUAUCAUCGCCUGUCCAUUGACUGGAGGGAUCCCAAUCCAGCCAUCGCUGCUCACAAGCUCCACAGCAACACAAAGAAGCUGGGCACAGUACUGAAUGAAUUUGGACAUCAGAAGAUCGAUGUCCUGAAGGCAGAGGUGGAGAGUGCCGAGUGGAAAAUCCUGGAAAACCUGAUCCUGGAGGAUGUUGUGGAGCAGAUAGGACAGCUGGUGUUUGAGGUGCACCUCCACUGGCCUGGCUUCGAGGUCAGUGGCAACGCCAGCUCCGUGGUGCGGUACUGGUACAGCCUGCUCCGGGAGCUGGAGCUGAAGGACUUCAGGCUUUUCCAUACCUACAAAGACUUGUCGAAGCCACAGAUGUUCCUCAAAAAGGAGGCCUUCAACGCUAGUAGCUGUUACACGCUGAGCUGGGUGAACACAAGAUGGAAAUAGCAGGGAGGGAUUUGCAGGGUGUGACUGUGAGCCAUCUGGCUCCGCGGCGCCUGCUACUUUGGUGUCCCUGUGCACACACAGACUGCCCCCGACCUGCCCUGGCUUCUGCUGCUGAAAGAACUGCUGCUGGAGGAUCUGUGGGGCACUACCUUGGCCAGUGGGUAGCUGUCUCAGAGGACAGAGGCUUCUGGAGAAGGUUGUCUGGGGUGGGGCUAACAGCACAGCUUUACCAGGCUGUCCCCUGUCUGUGUGUGCUGAGGUGGAGGCCAUCCCUGUGGGGCUGCCCUGGGAGGCUCUGCUCCCUGAGCUGCACCAGCCCUUGGUCAGGAGAGCACUCACCAGGCAGUGCCUGUCCCAGCAAGGGUCAAGUGUUGCUUCUCUGUAAAAUGCUCUUUGUUUUGCACCUUUUCCCUUUGCAUUGUUUCCUACAGCACACAUUUCAGGCAAGAACAGGAUCUUCUUGAACCCCCUGGCAAAUUCCAGCUGGCUUUGGCAGAGGCAGGAAUCACCAGCAAGCUCAAGUCAUGCCUGUGUCGUGAGUGCUUUCUGAGUGCUCUGACUUGGGCUCCAUAAGGCAGUCUGGCUGCAGGGAGCCACUUCUGACACAGGAGGUGGAACAGAGAGACUCAGCUGUCAGCAAAGCUGCCAGCACCUCCUCACCCUCUGGAGGCUUCAGCCACUGAAGACAAGGCUUCCUUAGGUCAUCUGCUCAAAGAAUGGCUUGUUGUGAAUUCCUCUGUAGCAAAUGGGUUUGCAUCUCAUGAGAUGGUUAUU